AUGUCGGAUGACGGUUCGGAUGUGCUGAACCGCUCAGAUCUGGAUGCCUUGGUAGAUGAACAUGUUCAGAAUGGAGAGUACAAAACGGCCGUCUUCUGGGCGGAAAAACGCUUGGCCCUAUGCAGUGGAUGGCCGACUUACAAGAGGUAUCCGGAAGUCGCAAAAUAUCUAAAUGUAAGCCCUGUUUUUUCUGUUAUUUCGCUUUUAGGUAAUGAAUAAUAUAGAUUGCUAUUGUUUAUGAGAAAUUUCAUAUAUAAUGGACUUUAUUUUAGGUGCUGACGAUAGCUCAGUGCUGGCAGCCCGUUGUCUCAUACUGCAGUCGCCAUGACCUUCACCUCAAACAUGUUGUGUUCAAAUACUUUUAUGUAAACGCACUUUUCCAGCUCAAAAAUUUUAUUCAAGUCGCUCAGCUCGGUUCAACGGUAAGUUUCUGAUCGUUUUUGCGUUUAAAAUUUUUUUGAUCAUUUUCGAUUGUUACUGACUCCGUUUUCAGAUCUUAAAUGUGGAUGUGGAAGCCAAUUCCACGACGGCCCCGUAUUUCCAACAACUGGAAACGAUGGCCAGGGAAAGGAAACUCGAAUCUCGACUCAUGCUUGUCCUGUCUAAAUCCUAUUUGGCCAUGAAUAACCGUCCAGCGGCCAAGAAUUGCAUCAAAGAAUCGCUCCAAAGGAAUCCGAAUUCUUCGGAUGCUCUCCAAACAGCCAUCGACUUCAAAUUGCUCUCAGAUAAAGAGCUCAAGAAACUGAUUGCAUCGAUCCACCAGAAGGGGAAGAAGAGCACCGGAGGGAAAGUGAUGAGUUUGAUUUACGAACUCAGGUGUUCGAAGGUAGGUCAGAAAAGGUUGAUGAAAGCUGGUUUGCUUUGAGAUUCAAGUGUUUAUGGGAAGAUUAAGGGAUAUGGUUGCUGAUUGGACAACAAAAAGUAAUAUUUUGUUUUCAGAGUGACCCCACGGACCCCAGCGUCUACAAUACGUUGGCCAAUGAUGUCUCGGUCCAAUCAGCCAUGGCCGUCAAACUUUAUAACCGGGGAAAUAUCUCGGAUGCUUAUCAAAUCACUUCGGGUAUUCUCAGCGAGCUCGGGUAUUAUGAUGUGAGUCUUUCGUCUUUUCCUUUUUCUGAUUUUAGACACGGAUGGUGUUAUCCAGCAAAAACAGAGGGUCUGACAAUGAGAUGGUUGUCUUUCUUGACUGUAAAUUUUUUCAGAAUUGUAUACUAGUCCAUAUUGCCUCAUUAGUAGCCCUGAAGAAGAAGAACGCCCUGUUCGCCCUCAGCCAUCAAUUAGUAGAUUCUCAGCCCGAAAGUCAUGUUACCUGGUAUGCAGUUGGGUGUUAUUAUUACACUGUGAAUCAGUAUUCGAACGCCAAGAAGUUCCUUGGUAAGUUUUAAGAUUUGGUCUCCCUUCUUAGAGAAUAAUAAUAAUAAUUAGAUAACCUCCGGUAUUACUGUAUACAUAAAACCUCUUCAGAAAAGUCGACCACGAUGAAUAAUGGCUUUGGCGAAGGGUGGAUGGCGUAUGGUCAUGUCCUUUUCUACUCGGAGGAACACGAACAAGCCAUGAAUUGCUUCCUGCGGGCAUCGAGAGUCUUGGAAGGAAACUUCGAACCUCUCCUUUACAUUGCACUAGAACAUUCAUUCGCCAACAACUAUAAAUUGGCUGGAGAAUUCAUGAGGGAUGCGGAUCUGAUCGAACCCAACAAUCCCAUGGUAGCUCAUGAGGAGGCCACCAUCGCAUAUUUACAACAAAAUUAUCCCAGUAAGUAGUGUGGUAUAAAAUGUUUUGAUUUUUAUCAGAUUUAUGACUAUUGUUUUGUAGAUUUAAAGUAAGUUUAAAAUAUUUUUUUUUCAGAAGCCGAAAUGACUUAUCGCAAGGCCAUCCGUCAGGUUUGUAAAGCCGCUCCACGCGAAAACUUCUCCACAACCCUCAGCCGGCCUUGCUCCGAUUUCUGGGAGCCCAUGUUCCAGAAUAUGGGGCAUUGUCUACGGCGUCUCGGCCGUUACGACGAAGCCAUCGAGGUCUUCCGGAAGGCCCUUGCCCUCGGCAAAAACAAGGCUCAGGCCUGGGCCAACAUUGGAGUUUGUUAUGGAUGUCUGGGCCGGCUGAAUGAGGGAAUCGAAGCCUUAAACGAAGCCAUCCUCAUGAAUCCCGGCGACGAGAACGUCGAAAGAGCCUUGUGCAUGCUGAUUGAACAGUCCGCGCGCUUGCCCAUCGACGAUAUUGUGGAGCCAGUGUCGGUGGCCGAAGAAAACGAAGAGAAUAUGGACUUCCUGGGAUGCGACGAUCAGAUUACUCGAGCUCUGGAAGUCGACACGGACAUGAUGGAUGUCUCUGAUGAUAGGACCGCCCAGAAACAUCUGCUCCAUUCAACAACUCCCAUGAGGACACGGUCCCAGACCAAUCGAUAG